AUGCAGCCUCGUUUUAACAUGUUUCAAGAGCAGUUCCCGGACCACACUGAGGUGCGGCUGUGUCGCAACUACCGCUCCACAGGCACCAUAGUGCGUUUGUGCCGCAACUGUCGCUCCACGGGCACCAUAGUGCGCGCCUCUGCUGCUGUCAUUGCACAGAACUUCCCUCCCCCCUCUUCUUUCCCCCCUCCCGCUCCCUCUCAGGUGCGGCUGUGUCGCAACUAUCGCUCCACAGGCACCAUAGUGCGGGCCUCGGCCGCCGUCAUCUCGCAGAACUUUCCAGGAAGGAGGGCGGCCAAAGAGCUGUGCACUGACAACGGCGAUGGGGAGAAGAUCAGGGCGGCCAAGGAGCUGUGCACUGACAACGGCGAUGGGGAGAAGAUCAGGUGGGAAUAA